GAGGGCGCUAUAAUAAUAACAAUAAAAAGGAAAUUUCGACAGCAAAACAUUUUACUUUUCACGAUCAUGGCAACAGAAGGGAAAGAAAGAAGGUGUUGGAUAAUUGUGCACCGACAAGAUUUAGAAGAUGAUGACAAAGUCACGGAAGUUGAUGAGAACCAGCCCCCAGUAGCUGUCCUCUUCAGCAUCAUGGAUAGUAGUGCGGAAGUCAAAAGAGCUUUCAGGAAAGCCAGCAAUGUAGAUAAUGAACAACUAAUAAUCAAAUUGAGAAAUAAACGUGGAUCAGUGAUACCUAUAAAUGGUUUUGUUGCUCCAAAUACCAAACAUAUGCCGUAUGAAGUGCAAGUAGUCAGAAGACAUCAGCAUGUUAAACCAAAGCCUCGUUCAGUUAAGCUACCUGGGUAUAAUGUUGCACUGAAGGACAGACUAGAAAACAUGACGAAACGAAUUGAGGCUUUAGAAUGUUAUUUACCAGAAUUAAGAAAUAAAAGGCAAGACAAGAUUGAUAAGGAAGUGACAGAAAUAAAUGAAAAAAUGAAGUUUUUAAACAAGAGAAUGAGCGAAGCUGAGCGGUUGCAGUGGAAGGGAAUGUUCAAGCGGCAUCCAUUGUGGUGAAAUUGUUAUGACAACAUAUUUUACGGCUUUGUAUACCAUUGCUUUAAGCAUCUCAAAUUACGUUUGUUAUCCAGCCAGUAGUCUUCUGUUUGUUUAACUGAUUAACAUGUUGACUGCCAAGCCGGCCUUUUUCCUUGUUUCAUCCCAUACGCCAAGGCAUAAAGGGCGCCGCCGUAAUGAUAAUCGUUUCAAUCAACUGUAGUGAAACACAAACAGAUAUAUACUACAGUAGUUAUUUUUAUUUCCCAGUUCUUCUCUUAACCUCCAGGUCAAGUGUUUGUGUUCUGGUUGAUCACUCCCAGCAAGUUAAAUGCAAUACAAUUGUGGUAUGUUGGACAGUGGUGGACGUGAACUCAAAUCCUUGGUGUCCUGAGUGAACCUUGUCGGACAUGAACUUGUAUCCCUGGUAGCGAAUGUGUUAAUGUGCAGUUAUUUUCUAUUUCUACUGUAUCUGAGAAAUUUGCGAGUGAUGAAGAUUUUCUCUAGUAAUAUCUCAGGAUGGUAGGAUUGUUAACUUGUGUAUUUUGUCUGUUUGUGGUAUUUUUCAUGUUUCUAUGUCUGUGAUUUAACCUUACAAUAUGUCCUGUGAUGCUACAGUAUAUGUUACCAGUGGUGUAUCUAGGAGGCUUAAAAUGGGUGGGGAG